AUGUUAGAAGGCUUAUUUCCUUCAUACCAGAAAAGGCUUACAUACAAAGGAUACUCCUUCUUUAUCAACCUAGUAGUGCUACUUGUAAUUAUAGCUUGCUUCUUAAUUCCAACUGUAAUAUUGCACUUGGUGCAAUGUGUUAGACUAAGAAAAAUAAAGAAUCAAAGAUUGAUUAGGAAAGAGAAGCCUGAUGAACCUGAUACAGAUGAAGAUAAUAUGGAAGAGUUAAAUGAGCUUGCGGAAUACUCUACUUUUCCUUCAAAUAAUGGCCAACAGAGGAUCCAUACGAGUUAUGAAGUACUUGAGAAUCCUAUUGGGAGUAAUGAAUCUUGGUCCUUUUACAUUAUAACAAUUAUGAUAUUAGUUACUGAAAUACUCUCAGCGUUCUCUAUUUUAGGGAUAGUUGACUUACUUUUAAUGUAUGGAUACAUUCAUCAAACAAAGUCAUUCAUGCUUUGGAAGUAUAUUGUUUGGAUAUCGUUUCUGUUUCUAGCUUAUGGAAGAAUCAUAUUUGCCUGAAGCAGAUAUGAGAAAACCUAUCUGCUCCUAAUCAACAAGCGAUUUGUUUGUUUCGCAGCUCUAGCAGUAAUAUUCUUGAGUUAUACAACAAGUGUUACAAUAUUUACAUCUGGCUUAUGAAUGGCCUCUCAUUCAUCUCUUUUGGAAGGGUUUGGAAUAGGGCGUUUUGUAAUAUCAACAUCAUUUAUGAGGGGUAUGUAUCCAUCUACAUGAUCUGCUGAUUCUUACCCAUGUAUGGCUUAUAUGACUUUGCCAGAAAACUCAGUAAAUGAGGCCUUUAUCAAUUUCCACAUUAACCAGGAAUCAUGAUUAGAUUGGGAAUGAAAACCUGUUUUAAAGUAUAUAGAGUAUGAUCAAAGAAGCUCAAACACACCAUGGACUAGAAUAUCUCCAAACAUAGGUGAAUUUUCAUCUCUCCCAUCUGAAUAUGAAAGUAGAAAUAUUUUUACUGCGUAUCUAAAGGACCUUAAACCAAAUAUGAGAUACAUCUUUUCUAUCUCUGAUGAAGGAGCUGAAAGAUAUUCAGAGAAAUUCUCAUUCAAAACUUUUGAUCCAAAUAACUUCGUCAUUCUGAACGGGGGAGAUAUUGGUAUAAAUCCUGAAGCUAGAGAAAUGAAUAAUGUUGGACUUGCAAAUCAUCGAGGAGAUCUUAUGAUGAUUGGAGGAGAUAUUUCAUAUGAUAAUAACUUUCCUCAAUGAUAUAGGGCAACAGAUAAGAUACUCCAUGAGAUUCCUCACUCUUGGAAAGAUUCUGGGAGUAGGUAUACUAACCUAAUACCGAUGAUCAAGGCUCCAGGAAAUCAUGAUUUUGGUGUGAACCCUAAUAAUCAUAUAAAUAUUGUCCACGAUCAACAUGAGCCAUUAUAUAAACACUAUUAUACUCAGAAUUCAUUUGAACAAGGUGUACCUCCUCUUAGCCAAAGGAAAAGCUAUUUUUAUCAUACAAUCGGGUCGACUGCUGUAAUUAUCUCCUUGGACUCAGGAUACGAUACUGAUCUAUAUGGGGAGCAAGCUGAAUGGCUUGACUCUAUCCUAAAUAAACACAAUGACUAUCCUAUAAAGAUUGUUCAUUACCAUGAACCUAUCUACCCUGCUUGAGAAUAUGCGAAGGAUGAAACACAAAACUUAGGGAAGAGAUACUGGGUCCCUAUCUUUGAUAAGUACAACGUCACUAUUGUUUUUGAGAACCAUAAUCACAGUCUUAAGAGAACAUUCAAACUUCGAGAUAACGGGAUUGAUCCAAAUGGAGUUAUCUACAUUGGUGAUGGAGCAUGGGGAGCUAUUGAUAACCCUUGAAGAGUCAAAGAUAAUGGAUUUAUAGCCAAGUAUGAGGCCAAGAAUCAUGUAUGGGAAAUGGCGAUUGAUAUGUCUCAAGAAGAUCAAAUAUCUCUCAGAGCUAUUGGGAAAAAUAAAGAGAUUCUGGAUCAUAUAAAGUUGCGAGUUUAAAGAUUUUCAACUUUCAGAAA